AGCCGGGGUAGUGACGUGUGAGUCUCGGGACCGGAAGUAGGGGCGCUCUACAAUGGCGGGAAUGUCGGCUGCGGGAGGACGCCAGCAGCUGAUGCGAGACCUGGAUAACGGGUCUCUGGAGAUAACACAAAGCAUGGAGGAUGACCCUCUACUUGAAGCCCCACUUCCACCUCAUGCAUUGCAUUCCUGGUUGUGUCCAAAGUUCUAUGCUAUACCUACAGUCUGCUUUGCAAAUAUUUUGUUGCUGAUACAUGUUGCCUUUGUCAUUCUGGCUUUCUUAGCAGGUAUGUUCUGUUCUUAUCCCGAUGCAAGUGGAGAUAUGUGUCCCAGAAGUUACACAUAUCCACUUAAAGUGCAAACCACUGUAAUGACUGCCAAGGUAAUUCUCUGGCUUCUGUAUGUGUUCCUUGAGCUAUGUGUUCACUACCACCACAGUAAGGCCAGGCGCAGAGGCUAUCUCUUAAUCUACCAAAACACAAGGCAUCUGAAGAGGCUUCCACUGCUAAUUCAGUCUGCAGGUAAUGCGGGUUUACUUCUGAUACUGUCAGUGCAACAUUCCUUUCCUGAUCACAAUAAAUUGUACCUCUGCUUCAUCUUGGCAAUCUUGACUGUGGAGCUGAUUUGUUCGUUGAUAUGCCUGGUUAUCUACACAGUGAAAGUGAGCAACUUUAACCGGGCGAAACCCAGACCUGACAUCAUAGAAGAAGAAAAGAUGUAUGCGUAUCCUAGUCGCAUUACCUCAGAAGUUGGAUUUAGGGAAACAUCAGUGUUGGAAGAAAUAGUUGAAAAACAAGGAGACGUGAUAGAAUACCUUCAGCGGCAUAAUGCUCUACUCAGCAAGAGACUGCUGGCAUUAACAUCCCAACAGGCCAGAAGUUAGUGGUGUCCCAGAAACAGUGCAAGAACAUUAUGAGAAAUGCAGCACCAAUAUAGGCACUAAAUGAGAGCAGUAAAUGCUUUGUAUGCAAGUUGAACAGCAGCAUUCCCGGUUCUUCACCAGUUGGAGGUAUUCUGGCUUUUUCCUAAAGCUUCUGGAUAUUGACAUGAAUUUUGAAGGGUUUCCUAAAAUUCCUGCAGUGUGUAAAACCAACAUUAGCUAACGGAAAACCUCUUGAGUUUCUCAAGUUCAAACUGAUGCAGACUGCCAAAGAUCUUCAUUCGGUGUUUUAUGAAACAAAUUUGUGGCAAACCUCCUCACUCCUAGAGUGUCAGAACAGUGCUCAGUUUUUGUUCAUUUGUAUAAUAAUCAGUAGCUCAUCGUGUAAAAUGUUUUAUAAAGGGAUUGAGGAUGAUUACAGUGUCUGUGCUAAAACUGGUAUGGAUGAAGACCCCCGGACAGUGACUGACUCUCAUAGGAUAGGCUGCUGAGCAGAGGCCCAAUACCCUAAUGGCAGUGUUGCCACUCGAACUGUGCUGACUUGCUGAAGUUCUGUCCAUAUGUGCGCUAGUUACACAGCCUUGUGAGGUUAGAGGUGGAUGACCCAAAAGGGAAUGAACACUACACACAUGCAAGUGAGAUGGAGCAGAGGAGUGAAAGCUUGUAAGGAAAUAGAUGCUCAGAUAUUUCAUAUGCCAGUAACACAUGCAGUUUAUCUCAACUGCCUGGUUAUUCCUCUUUAUGUCUUCAAAACAGGGGGUUACUACGCAUAAUUAAGGGAAGGUAUCGAUGUAUGUUUUAAGGACAUGCAUAUUAGCAACCAGUAUACAAAUGCUUGCUCCCUCUGUUGAUGACUUGGUAUGGAAACUCCAAGAGGUAUUUCACCUUAUAUGAACAAUGUUUUAAAUAUCUCUAAAUUUUUGAAACAAAACCACUUGUGAUGUGUCCCGUAAAUGGGAUACAUUUACACACCUUUCAGCUUACUGCAUAUUUGGGUUGUACAUGCUUCAGUUAUGCUACAAUGUAAAAUUCACUACAUGCAGUAUGGAAUCCUACCAUUACAGCUACUACUUUUUUUUUUAGUUUAUGGUAAUACCUAAUCAUUGCCAAUUCUUAAUGUUAGUAUUUUUAUCCCAAAGCCAAGUGGUUCAUAAUCAAGGAAUUUAUAGGUGCUUAUUAGCCUUGAAUGUCUAAUCUCUGGAUUUGUGAAUUCAGCAGAAGUGCCUCUGGGACAUGUUCUGCUCUCAAGUUAGUUCUCCAUCCAGUCAUCAUCAGCUGUCUGUGUGGUGUACUUUUGGCUGCCAAGACUCGUGUGUAUACCCUAUCCAGUAUUUCUGUGGGAAGGCAUAUAUUGAAAAGAGGGUUCUCUGAUUAAAUAUGGGCUGUGGUCAUCCUUAGGAAGAACAAAGGCAUGCUACCCUGUUAUACUUGAUCUGAGCUGACUAUUAAUGCACUGCUUCUCAUUGAGCAGAGCAUUCAGUAUUGUUCAAAGGAAGCAAAAGCAAACUGGAAUUGACUGCUUCUAACAUGUCUGUUACUUUUUAGCAGUGUAUUAAACACAGCUGGGAUUUUAUAGGGAAGAAGAACAAACAUGGAUAACUUUAUUUUUAAAGCACACUCAGGUUUUGAUAUGAUUUAUGUGGAACUUGUUCUUGUUCUUUGUUUUGUAAUAAACACAGUGAAAUAAUAA